AUGCAGUUGUUUCUUCGCUCAGCGACUGGUGCAACAUCUGUCGUGGAGGCUUCAGCUGCCGACACCGUCGGGACGUUGCGCGCCAAAGCGGGUUUUGACGACACCAGCAGCAUUUUUUUCUUUGGUGGAUUUUGCUUGCGGGAGGAGUCGGCUACGCUGGCGGAAUGCGGCCUUCAGCAGGGCAGUACGGUGCAGGUAAUGAUUCCGGUGGAAGGUGGUAAAGGUAAGAAAAAGAAGAAGAAGGUCUUCACAAAACCAAAAAAACCCAUCCACCGCCACAAACUCGAGAAGAUGCGGGCAUUGAAGUACUUCAAAGUUACGGAGAACGACGACGGUUCCUUCAAGGUGGAACGCACGCGUGACGAAUGUCCGAACCCGAACUGUGGCGCUGGCGUCUUCAUGGCGCAGCACAAGGGCCGAAAAUACUGCGGUAAGUGCCACCUCACAUACACAAUGAAGUAA